UUUGCUUCAAUGGGCUUUUUGCAUCCUCUGCUUCAUUUGCCUUUCUAAGGACUCGGCAUAGAAGAUCUUCCUUUCUUCAAGUCAGACAAUCCUCCCAAAAUCCUAAAGAAAUGGACUUCCCCGGCUGUGCCUCAGAAAGGAGAGCGAAUAGAACUGUGAUCCGCCUCAGGGAGACAGAGUUCAACAGUUCCUCAAAUUUGGAUGACACAACUUUGCUACUUUUGCUGGAGGAAUGGUCUCUCACCCCAUCAGGCACAAACACGAAGAUGUUCUUAAUCUCUCCAGUUGUCUGCCUCGUGGCAGGUGUCCUCAUCAUCCCUACCAUCUUAUUUGUGAUCUUCUCUCGGUUUAAAAUCCGCCAGGAAACAAGGUACAUGCUGCUGGGAAACGCUCUGCUUUCUGAUCUGAUCUACCUGCUGUUCUACACUCUGUCAGCUGCUCUCAAUGCAGCACAUCUCCACCUCCCAAAGGAAGCUUGUGUCCUCCUCUUAUUUUUGCUGGCAGUGGCUUACUGUGGAGGACUGUUCACAGCUGUUGCAAUAGUCUUGGACACGUACAUCGCUGUUUUGUUUCCUUUGCGCUACAUUGCUAUUUUGCCUCCUUCACGAACUAAAAAAGUCCUUGUAUUACUGUGGAUGUGUUCCGGAGCUUUCCCUGGGAUUUUCUUCUUGGUGCUAUGGACUACCCACAGCUUUGUGCCCUGUGUCUUGGAAACAUGCUCAGUUCCAGUAAUACUAAUAUUAACUCUGAACGGGACUGAUGCUGUGAAACUCUGUUUCUGGCUUUCUACCACAGUUAUCAUUCUCUGCCUGUCUGUAAUAUUUUGUUGCUAUGCUAUUCUGUAUUUUAAAACCAAACACUCGGGUAUAUGGGAGAGCAUCUGCUCCAGAGCCAGUGUAACAUUUGUAAUGCACAACACUGUCUUAUUUUUUUACUUCUUUCCACUCUUGGCCCUUUUUGUCGAAUCAUUCUUGUGCGUUAAUGUUUUCAUCAGACUGCAGACAGGAAUCUUGGUCUCCCUGACAGUCUGCAAUGUCCUCAUGAUUCUUCCUAAAGUUCUGUUCCCUUUUCUGUAUGGGCUUCGAUACAGAGAGAUCUCAGCCUCUCUCAAAUCCAUAGUCAGGAGGAAGCGGCUUCGCCUGGUGUCACCUGCCCCACCACCAUCCUAAGGCAGCGCAGAGCAGUCACAGCAGAGGAGCUGUCCUCACCUUGUUAUUGUGCAAGACUGAUGGAAAUCACCCACCUUCUGAAGUGAAGAAGUGAUCAAUCCAUGGUGAGAAGACAUGGGUUCAUCACUGCCUCCUUUAUGCCAAAAGGCCACAGAUCUUUCAUCAGAACACAGCUGAGAAUAUAGUGAAUGCUACCCUGGAUGAAGUACCAAGCUUUGUUUUGAUAUGAAAGGCAGGACCUUCUGGAAGAGAUAUUGAAUUAAGGUCAUUUUCACCCACCUGUUGCAGAUGCCUUUCUGGAGAAAAGAAAAUUAAAAAUAGAUAACCCAAAGCAAAGGAGUAACCACAGGUCUCGUGACAGCAUCACCUACAGCAGAGGAUCCUUAACCAAAUGUGCUGUAAAAACAACAACCAUUUCUUUCGCACAGUAUAUUCUUGCAAGCUUGGCAUUCAUCCAAAGUCCUGUUCUUGAGAACUUGCACUGAGAGGUGCUUCUGGAAACUGCUGCACUUGGUGUAACAUCAUUGCUCAGCUUGUGCAGUGUGCUGGUGUAUUCACUGCCUUACGGAUUCCAUCUGACAAUCUGCAAAAUACUGAUGGUUUGAUAAAAUCUCCUCCUGAUGGGAAGCCACCUUAGGUCAGUGUCUGCUGGGCAGCCCAGCACAUGGCAUGCAAGGCAUCACACAGCUGGACAUGCUGCUGGGGGAGGGAGGACGGGGGCAGCGGGUGGCAUUCCGUCCCAGCCGGGUGUGGAACUGCAGUGCCCGCGGAGCCCAGCAGCUGCUGCAGGAGCCUGGGGCAGCCCAAACCUGAGUCCCUGCUGGGGCCACGCUCAGGUGGCUCGGCCAAGGCUGAGCCCAGCAGCUGGGGCAGCAGGGCAGGAGAAGAGAGGUGCCAGGCUGGGCACAGGAGAACCCACACCGUGGCUCAGACAGGACCCGGGGCGAGGGACUAAGCGUGAACACCACUUCUGAGUCUCUGCCGAGGCAGCUCCCAGUUCUGCCUCGCAAAAAGCUCCUCCAGCAGCCCGAUCUCAGCUUACAGCUACACCAUGUCAGAGCUGCUGCUGGGUACCUGCCACCAAAGCCUUGGGAAGGUCAGGAGGAGAGGUUGCUGAGCUGGUGGGUGUAUCGGGGCAAGAAAAAUGAGAUCCUGUAAGAGCAUUUUAGGUUUCCCAGAUCAGCCACCUACCUACAGAAGACAAGCAAAACAUAUGUCUGAGCUUUGAAGAAACCAAAAUGUCAUUAAAUAUAAAUAUCAGUGUGGGAAAUUUAAAUUGCUGUUCUGUCCCUUGGACUUGAGAAAAGAGUUCUGUAUUUCUAAAGAUAAUGUUUUUAGAAUUUGUUAUGUUUUAUGCAUAAAUACAUUGGAAUUUUUAAAAGGUGCAUGAUUUCACUCUGUGCAGUAUUUUCCUUGUGCAAACUUUCUCCACCUUCUGUUUGCUUAAAGCAAUACACAGAAUGUGCUGAAUGUGGCUUUUGGCUAUUUCACACUGAUCUGAAGAAUUCCACUACGUGUGAGCCAGAAGGAGAUUGGUGUCUGGUUGCAUGAAAUGUUUUUGGCAGCAAAGUGAGUUCGAGCAGUUCCUGCUGAUCUUCUCUCCUCAUUCCCAAACUGCUUGUUACUCUCCUCACAUUGCAGUCUCCACUCUCUCCUGUUUGCUGAUGCAACUGCUUCUGGGGUUGCAGGUUAAAAAUAUCUCUUCAAAGAGAAAUGAUAUUUUCAUUUUAACUGAGAUUAUCCCAGCGAUCUGUUUUAUAGGAUGUUCUGAAAACAGCUGCAUCAGCACAACUGAGGGUCUAACAAAUUCCAGUUCAGAGGUGGGGGGCAUGAGCAGGGACAUCUUAGAGGCUUUGCUGCUAAGGGACACUUCUUGUGUGAGAAGCCACCUUAGAGUGAGAAGCAUCUCUAAGGUAAAAUUGUGGCAAGUGAAUGAACUGUAAUAUUGCACAUUUGCUUUAACCAUGGUUCUGUGCUUCUCAAUCCUCUUCAA